AGUAGGACUUUCGGUAAAGUUGAGGAAAACAUGGCGGCUAGUUCUACUCUGUCUCUCUGCUUCACCUUACCUUCUUUGUCACUGUUAUUCAGGCACAAGCCCCAAUUGUUUGCGUGUUCAGCGAGGCCAUUUUCUUCUUUGUGUCUUGUUACGGGGCGCAGCUUCAAGGCUAGGGAUUCCACGACCAUAGCGGCGGAGAUUGUGGAUGAAGAAGGGGUUGGAGUUGGACAACAUGUGGAACGAUGGGGCAAGAUGGAAAAAGCCACCGAAGUGUACGUGUUCAACCUUCCAAGAAGCUGUGACACAGAACAACUACUUCAUAUGUUCAAGCCUCACGGAACCAUUCUAUCUGCAGAGAUUUGCCGGAAUGAGGAGACUGGUGAAAGUAGAGGGAGUGCUUAUGUCACAAUGGGGUCUAUUAACUCUGCAAAAAACGCAGUUGCUGCAUUGGAUGGAUUGGAUGUUGGUGGCCGCGAAAUGAGGGUUAGAUUUUCAGUUGAGAUGAAUCGUAAAAGGGAGAAUCUUGAGACGAUGAACUCCUCGCCCAAUAGAACUAUAUACUAUGAAGGUCCUUAUAAGUUGUAUGUUGGGAAUCUUUCUAAGGUUGCUAAAGUGGAAGACUUGAGACAACUUUUUGGAAGAUUUGGUAAUGUGGCUAGUCUGAGGGUGUUGCGAGAUUACAAACAAGGGAGAACCCGGGUCUAUGCGUUUAUCUCUUAUCUUUCAGAGAUAGAACGUGAUACAGCAAUUUCCCUCCAUGGAACACUAUUUUGUGGUCGUACACUAGUGGUUAGAGAGGGUGUGGAUAGAGGGGACUAAGACUUAACUGCAUCUUCAGAUUCUGCGUAGAGAUGACUCCAAUUUUUGUUGUUUCAGAAGGAGCAAGUUCUUUGCUCUGGAAUGUAUAGCUGAGAUUUAUGGGACUGCCUGUGAGAAUCUUCCUAAAUUAUAAAAUGUCAGCUGAAAGUAGAGGUCAGCUACUAUGACAGACAGUUCCAUCAAAAUCUGGACUCAUACUCCUAUAUUUGUAGUAUUUCAAAUUCCAAACAGCAAUAUUGUAGUUCUCGAUGUGUGUUUAGAACAUGAUUUUCCUAGUGACAAAUUAUUCACAACCUAAGGUCAAGAACAAAGAAUGU